GCCCGUUGUCGCCAAGCCGACCUCGUCUGCUGGCUCGCGCCUAUAAAACUUGAGUACGCGGUGCGCGAGCCCUCAUUCCACCCUCAUCCCCCGCAUCCAGACGGUCAGGUUUUAGCUCCCCGAGGCAGGUUCUCGAUUUGGUUCUAGUUCCAGUCGACAGCUCUAGACGUAGCUCGCUCGUGCACUUUCUUUCCAUUUUCCCAAGUCAAGUCCAAGAUGCGCUUCUCUGCUAUCGUCCCUGCCCUCCUCUCGGCUGGUGUUGCCCUGGGUGAGGUCAUCACCGUCCAGGUUGGUGGCAACAACUCGCUCACCUACAACCCCCCGAGCGUGAACGCAACCGUCGGCGACACCAUCAUGUUCGAGUUCAUGUCCAAGAACCACACGAUCACGCAGUCCACCUUCGCCGACCCGUGCACGCUCAUGACCCUCGCCAACGGCACCACAGGCGUCGACUCGGGUUUCAUGCCCGUCGCUGCGAACUCCACCAGCUUCCCGACAUUCAGCUUCACCCUCCAGAACGCGUCUGCACCGCUGUGGUUCUACUGCAAGCAGACGGGUCACUGUGCCAAGGGCAUGGUCUUCGCUAUCAACCCCACAGCGGCGAAGAGCUUCUCCGCCUUCCAGGCCGCCGCUGAGAAGACCGCCAGUGGUUCCAACUCGACGGGUGGCGGCGCGGGGUCUGCGUCCGGCUCGGCUGGGGCUGGUGGUGCGGCUGGCACCGCGUCGGGCACCGCUGCCACGACGUCGUCCACCUCGACGACCAGCGGCGCGGGUGCCGUCCGUGUGGGCGGUGCCGCGUUCAUGCUCAGCGUCGUUGGUCUCGUCGCUGGCCUGCUCUAGAAGCCGGCUUGCAUUGGGGUUCUGGGGCUCGGGGCUGAGGCUUUGUACUGGACUUGAUGGACCUUCAUGAAGACUGUAGUGCUGCGCAUGCUACGUCCCUCCCGCGCUGUCGCGCUGGGCUUUCCUGUAUUGCUACUUCCUGCCGAUCGCUAAUACGGAUACGAGGGGUUCACCGGUGAACAAAA